UCAGCUGAAAUAAAUUACAGAAUUUCUCUGUCUUAUUUCAGUUACUUUACAAAUUAAACAAUGGUGCUUUUUAAACUUUCCAUUCUGGCCUUCGCUCUAUAUGUACAGCUGCACAUAGGUGUUUCAAGUGUCAGCAAAGGCGUGGACAUGUGGUCCUUGGAGAACUGGCAGGGUGACCCAGCAGAAAGUGGUUUCACAUUGCACAUCGAUGACCUGCUGAAGCGCUCUGACUCACAAAAGUUUCACGGGUUAAUGGGUCGAAGCUUAGAAAUUCCUCAACGCCUGCAACUUGGUCAAAAAAGCAACAAUAAAGAGAUGUUUGUUGGACUGAUGGGCAGGAGAUCUUCAAAGGGGGAUUUUAAAGAUGUACCAGAGAAGCUACAGUAAUGCCGAUGUUAUGCAGAAAACCU